UUUGAAGUGAACUUCUGAAUGACUUCACAAUGUUUACCGCACAUGCUUAUCAUUUGACGAUUGAUGUUUAAAUAUUAAUUAAAUGCUUUGUAUUACUCUCAGUCUGGCCAGGCCAUGGAUAAUAAAUUAGUAAAAAUUGACGUGCUCUAAAGAUGACAAACUUGUUGUUCAACUUAAUGAAAUUUUGUGUGACUUUGUCACCUUUACAUACCAUUUUACUGAGAAAAGAAACUUUGCACUAAUGUUUGUAAAUAAACUAUAGAUUUAUUUUGUAAAAAGGAAAGAUUGAAAAAAUUGAAUGUUCAUAUUUCUUUCGAAUGUUACCCGAAAUCUACCUUUAAUUUUUCCAGUAAUCCUUAAUUAAGGUAAGCAAUGUAAAGCAUGCAGUUUUUCUUGAAAACGUUUGAUUCUGUUAAGUCCAAUGUCUAUUUUGAUUUCAAGUACAUUGGAAAGUUCUCAUGAAGUAAUCAAGUAUGUCUCGUGGCAUACAACAUUAAUACUUCCCCUUUAUAAUAAUUUUUAUCCUGAAUAGAGUUUAUGUAUAUUUCGUCGUUUACAGUCUAUAAAUAAAAAUUUAUACAUUGUCAAUGUUUUCUUUCCAACAAGUAUGGAUGUAAAUCUUUUUAUAUGGAACUUUUUGAUCGUUUUCUGGGCCGCUCCAUCCUCAUAUGCACUCUGCAAAGGAAAUUUAAAGCACGAACCAUGCUGCGUUGGAGAAGAAUGGAAUGUAAAAGAAGGAAAAUGUAAAGCGUGUCCAAUAAACCACUUUGGAGAGAAUUGUACUUUCACAUGCAGGAUACCUGAGAAUGGUUACAGAUGCUCUACAGGAAGAUGCAACUGCAACCGAGUCUCUUGUAAUGUGACUAUAUCUUCAACAAACUGUGAGGCGUCACAAACUACACUAUCACUGAACCAUCGCACUUCGCCUCGUGUCCUUUCCACUAAUACCAUGAACUCGACUGUGAAAAAUUCCUUAGAGAGAGGCAUGAGAACUACCAAACAUACCAUUUUCGCUAUAUCAUCCACUACGUCAUUUUUAACCCGUCAAAACAAUAGAGUAGAACUAUCAACCAUGAAAAGGAAAGGUUUCCUGAUGUAUAUUGUGUUGGGGUGUGGAAUAGUAGUGUGCACUAUAAUAGUUUUUCAAUGUUUGACAAUCAUAAGGAAAAAGAUCGCAAAAGGCCAUAGACAGAGAAGCAGGGAAGGAGAACCGCGGGAACCUGUAUAUAGUGAAAUCAUGCUCUAAUCAUUGUCAAUUUAGAAAAAAAUAAUGUUUGGAAAAUUUUAUUCAUAAAUUCUUUUAUUUCCAUUUUUCAAUCCGGCAAUUAAAUAUGUAGAAAAUGAUAACUAUUUGUAAUAAUUCCAGA